GGGGAGGAAGUGAAUCAACUACCCAGACUACCUGUUGAGAACUGCCUGUGAGGACCUACAUUACCCACCCGACAAGUCCUCCCCCUCCACUGAUACUAUGAGGAGUGUAGCCGUACUAGUGGUUGUGGUGGCAGGGGUGUGUGCUCUCCCCGCCAAGCUGAGUGACCACACGGCACCAGCUUCCCCAGUCUUGGUGAAGGACGUGGACGAUAUACGCAUCCAGGUGACGGAGCCUCGUAAAGGUGAGUACGGCGUGCAGGUGUACCAGCAGGUAGAGGAGGCCACAACCCACCUCCCGACACAAGUGUGGACACUCCCUCCAGGAUGGCACCUUCCGGGCAAGAAAGAUUCCCGAGUGGUUCACGCGGAGCUGCUCUCUACUGGCGACGUGGUGGUGGUGGUCUUCAGCCUGCAGCACGGCCUAGACCUCGUCCUGCUACCCAAGGAAUUCUUCCAGACCACAACAACAACAACCACCACAACACCAAAGAGUCACUCACAUGAGACCAUCGUGUUCCCGCAGGUGUCGGAGGAGUGGCACCCGACAGUGUCCACCCCGGCAGCAGAACGCUGGUCGUGGUCGCCACCUGAGGAAGAUGUGGCCACGCCUUCCUCCCUCCCGUACCCACCCAAGCCAGAUAAGGUGAAGGCGGCCAAGUAACAACACACUAUUACUGUUUGUUUACCUGUCCGGAAAUGUGUUUCUACGCCCAGUGGUAACCAGUGUCUCCAAACGGCAACGUUGCAGUAGUAGUAUCACAGUUUAUGAAUGAAUGGGUAUUGGUCGUAUAACGAUGGUCGUGAUUGGUGGAUAGGUUUGCUAUAGGUCACAUAGGUUGGCCGUUUGGAGACACGAGUUACCUGUCUAAUUGUUUAUUUGUCUACUUGUCUAGUUUUCUACUUGUCUACCUGUCUGUCUGUCUACCGGUCAUUUUACAAACCAUAAUACAAAUUAAACAAUUAUGUAUUUACAAUGCUGACUAUACAGUGAUUCACCUACCUUUAAAUCUCAGACUAUUGGGUCACUAAUCCACCAAUCACAGACGGCUGGAUAUUCUGUCACUAAUCCACCAAUCACAAACAACUUAUUGUACUUUGAGGUCCUGGAGCAAAUCCUUAGAAAAAAAGUAAAUAAUUAUCAAUUAUUAUUAUGAUUAUAUUGAUAGUAGUAGCAGUAAUAGUAGUAGUAGUAGUAUAAGUAAUAGUAAUCAUAAUAUUGAUAAUUACUACACAGACACACGCACACAUUAGUCUCUGAAUAUUACUUUAUACACAGCUGAUUUGUUUCAAACUUAUUCACUAAUUAUCUUACCUGAGAAUCUAUCUAUCUAUCUAUCUAUCUGUGUCUGUUGUCUGUCUUUUUAUUUGUAAAACUAAUUAUAAGGUUUGUUAAAAGACAUAUAUUACAUAUUUCUCCUUAAUUAUCUUAAAUAAUAACAUAAUUCAUAAUAAUAAUAAUAAUGAUGAUAAUGAUGAUAAUAAUAAUAACAACAAUAAUAAGUUCACUACAAUAACAUUCUGAGAACAUGUACAGUAUAUCAUUAACACUGCAUCCGAUGAUUAUACAAAAUAUAACAUUAUCAUUUAAACGUAAUAAUACAUACACAUAAUUAUACAAAAGACUCAGUAUCAUACAUAACUCCAUUAAUUUAAUAUACACAUGAAUGCACAGACCUAUUUUCAUGGUAAUCAGGAAAAAUAGGUAUAUUUUUCGCCUAUUUCACCUAGCAUGUACCUAAUCGUGCCCGUUAAUUUGUAUGUUGUAUGCUUAAGAUAAAUUUUGUAUGUGGGUAUGAUGUUGUAUUGAUGAGAUAAAUUAUUGAAGCUAAA